AUGGCCAGCGCAGCCAGCGCCAUCAUACCGGCAGCGCUUCGUGAGCGUUUUGAGACAGCCGGCCAGAGCCAGGUGUUUCGGUUCGUCGACUCCGGCGUUGCCACGGAGGAGGAAACAAAGGCAUUGGUCACUCAGCUAGAAGACAUCGACCUGGAGUACGUGGCAAAUAGUCUCAAGAGCGCACAAGCUGAAGCAGCGGCGAUUGCAGAGGCCGUGGACUUGGAACCUCCUGACCACUUCACGUGCCUCGCCGAUGUCUCGCCUGAGGACAUUGCUUCUUGGGGUGCAUGUGGAUUGGACGCCAUUGGUCGUGGUGAGGUGGCAGCAUGCGUUCUGGCGGGUGGACAAGGGACGCGACUAGGUUUUGAUGGCCCCAAGGGCUGCUACGACAUCGGCUUGCCCUCCCACAAGCCCCUGUUCCAGCUCUUUGUCGAGAAGCUUCUGAGGCUUCGAGCCAUGGCUCAGGAGGCUGGAGGGCCCAAUCCACAGCUGCCCUUCCUCAUCAUGACAAGUCCCAUGACACACCAGCAGACGGUCAGCUUCUUCGAGGAGCACAGUUACUUCGGUUCCUCGAAUGAGCACGUAUGGUUCUUCGAGCAGGGAACCAUGCCAUGUCUCUCCCCAGAUGGGAAGAUCAUUCUGGAGUCUGCGGGAACGGUGGCCUGUAACCCAGAUGGCAACGGCGGUCUCUAUCCUGCCCUGAAGCGCAGCGGCUGCCUGGAUCGCCUGCAGUCCCUCGGGGUGAAGAGUCUCCACGUCUUUUCCGUGGACAACCCGCUUUGCCGACCGGCCGACCCUUGCUUUGUUGGGUACUGCCUCUCCAAGAAUGCCGACUGUGGAAACAAGUGUGUGUGGAAAUCUUCUCCCGAUGAGAAGGUCGGUGUCGUGGCCAAGAAGAGCGGCCGGCCGAGCGUAGUGGAAUACAGUGAGCUGGACGAUGACCGCAAGAAACAGUGCGACAGUACCGGGCGCCUGGUCUUUGGCGCUGGGAACAUCUGCAAUCAUUUCUUUUCAAUUGACUUCCUGGCGAAUGUCGUGGUGCCAAACAUGGCUGCUAUGUUCCACCUCGCCCACAAGAAGAUUCCCUGCGCUGGGGAAGACGGCAAGACCACGAAGCCAGACAGCAACAACGGCCUGAAGUUGGAGGCCUUUGUCUUUGACGUCUUUCCGAUGAGCAGCCAGAUGGCCAUCCUGGAGACAAAGCGCGAGGAGGAGUUCGCACCAGUCAAGAAUGCGCCAGGGACUGCCACUGAUAGUCCUGACAGCGCCAGGGCAAUGGUGAACGCGCUGUGCCGGAGUUGGGUGGAGAAGGCCGGCGGCAAGCUGGAAGGGAACAAGGAUGAAGUGGUCGAGGUCUCGCCUUUGCUGUCUUAUGCCGGUGAAGGAUUGGUGGACCGCGUUAGUGGCAAAAGCUUCUCGGCCCCUUGCCACUUGGAGUGA